GUAACUAUAAAGCAAUUGUUCAGUUAUUUAUUUCAAUAUUUUGCUAUAACAUAUAUUUUGCAUAAGUCCGUAUAUCUUGGUGACCUUACUUACGAGCUAGAAAACACUUGGAAAACUCUUACUUCCUUGAGAACGAACCUGAUCGUAUUCCGUUUUUCAAUUCAUUAAAAAUAAAUUAAUGAAAUAAAAGGAAAGGAAGGAUCUUUCCACGGGAUCAGAAAAAACUAAAGGGACUUGGAGGUCUUGAAUGCUUACUCGCUCUGAGCAAGCUAGUCUUUCGCUUUUCUCAUGUCUAGGCAAGCUUUUAACCGUGUUUUCAAACCUCUCGUUCAGUAUGUACCUCGAAAUUUACAAGGAAAGUAUACAAACCGAUUGCCUUUAAGCAACUUGGCUAAGUUAAAGAUCAGUCCUGAAGAAAUGCAAAUUAUUAGGUCCACACGGAAGCUAGCGAGAUCUAAUUAUAUGACUUUUUAUUGUAUUCCAAGGGUUUGGUUAUUUUCGUUCAUUGAAGAUCUAAAUUCAAAACCGUUUCGGUAUCCUACCCUGCAUUAUAGCACUAGCCCUAUUCGUCUGUCCAUUAGAGCUGGGAAAAAAGGAGUCCACAAAAGCGCUGUUAUCCGUUCACAGAGUACACGACGGCUGAGGCAAGCUUUUAUUGAUGUUUUGGAUGCUUUACAUCACAGCGGACAUCGUUGUCUUCCAGAUGAACCCGUGGAUGUAAUUGUCGAUACUUAUAAUGGUGGUACAAAAGAUAUAUCUUAUGAAAAUCUGUUUUAUGAUGUACAACGCUCUUGGUUAACAUGCCUCAAUACCUAUCAUUGUCAGAAGCCUCCGAACAUUGAAGCCCUUUAUCAUGAUUGUGCGAACGUUGUAACGUUCGGUUUUGACAAUAUUUUUCUCUAUAGAAAAUGAUUUAUAGUAUAAAUAAAGAUUAAUUCGAAGUACAUAUACGCAUAUCGUUUGUCGAGAUAAUUAGACCCUGAUGAAUUUCAUCAAAUUUUUAAUGUUCUUUAAAACCGUACUAAUAUUAACGCUUAUAAACUA